AACUAUCAUCAAUAAUAAAAAGAUGGCGGAUAAAUUAGAGAAUAAUAAUACCGCACAACCAGUUGCUGAUGCUUCUUCACCUGCUGAAGAUUCGUCGAAGAACGUCAGCUCAUCAAAUAAGCUAGACACAACUGACACAAGCAAGUCAGUAACUAAUGAGCCUUCUACAGAGUCUCCUGUGCAGGAUUUGGCAGUAGCCAAUCGUAUUCAGGGCCUUCCACCUUUCACAAUAGAAGAUAAGCAAAAUAGCACACCUAUGCCAAAGCAACAGAGAAACACGAGACGUUUGAUCAUUUGUUGUGAUGGUACCUGGCAAGAUGCUAUGCAAACGCGCGCUGAGGACGAAUAUACCAAUAUUUUGCGUCUCUCUAGAGCGAUUAAGCAGGAGGAUAGAAGACAAGAUCCACCGAUUCCACAAAUUUGCCACUACAUUAGUGGUGUAGGAACAGGAUGGUCAAUUUCCGACAAGAUUAUUGGUGGUGCUACUGGUAACACCCUUGGUGUUAAGCUUAGAGAUGCUUACGCAUUCUUGUCUCAAAAUUACUGUGACGGUGAUGAGAUAUUCUUAUUUGGUUUCAGUAGAGGUGCAUUUACCGCCAGAACUCUCGGUGCACUCAUCAAUGACAUUGGUAUUCUCGACAACAAGGAAAUGGAGCAUUUCUUCGAUAUUUUCCAAGCUUAUAACGAUCGUAACAACAAACUUGACAAGAAGAAGGCUGAAGAGGCUCAAAAAUUACUCGAUCCAUGGCUAUUGAUUAACGAGAACAAUCAACGUCACAAAGGUAGACAAUUUAUCAUAAAGUGUAUUGGUGUUUUCGAUACCGUUGGUGCUUUGGGUGUUCCUACACUUGGCUCUACACUCUUUAAGAUGCACAAGGGUGAAAACUACCUUGGUUUCCCUGAUACAGUUCUUGGUGACAAGGUCGAGCACUGUUACCAUGCUCUUGCUUUACACGAAAACCGUCCUAACUUCAUCGACACUCGUUUCGAAGUUAAGAAGAACAACCUUGAAAGAGGUCAACACUGUAAACAAGUGUGGUUCACCGGUUGCCAUUCUGACAUUGGUGGUUCUUACAAAGAACAUGAAUUGAGUGACUUGACACUCAUUUGGAUGUGUGCAUGUAUCGAAUCACUCCUCUUACUUGACAUCGAGUAUAUCAAGACCAUCCCAGACCCAAUGGAAGGCUGGGGUAAGCAAAAGCCACACGACAGCAAGACUGGUAUCUUUACAUUCAGUAUGCCAAUCAAGAGAAAGCCAGUAUUAGAACUUAGUAGCACUGAAAGACUUCACCCAAGUGUUUUACAAAAUGACUGUAAACUUGCUAAGUCAAUUCAAGAUAAGAUUGACGCUGAACCCCACCUUGUCGCACAUUUGUUACCACUUGAAGAACAAUUCAAGAGCGCUUGGAAGGUUGCUGCUAAUGCUCAAAAGCGUAAGGAUAGCUCAAAGUACCAAACCAGCAAGGAUCAGAAGUCUUUCGACGAGUUGGAAGUUGAGACUCUAUUCAGAAAAUACUGGAACAAAGCUAAAAGUUUCUUCUAAUUUUCUAAUCUAAACAAAGGAGCGAAACACGAGACCAAUAAUAAUAACAUUAAUACUUUAUUUAAUACGCCGUAAGAUAAUUUUCUAUACUUUAUUGUUAUACGAUGAAUUAAUAUUCCUCUUUUAC